CACUCAUCGCUUCAGCACUUGAAGAUCACCGUAUUACCCCCUAGCCUACCGACGAGGUUACUGAAUAACAUCCACUUUCUCUUCACGUCUGUUCGAGACCAGAGAAACCGCACUCUUGCGUUUCCAACUUGAAUCUCCGAUCCUGUACGAGACUAGCCAACAUGGCUCUCAAGAACAUCUUGCCGCUUCACAAGAAAGACGGAGAAGAACCGAGUGCACAACAUCACCAUGAGAAACGUCAGCGGGCCAACGGACACAUCAAUCAGAAAGAGUCCACCAGGAAAAGGCGACAGGGACGCUUCACCAGCAAAUGGCGAAAUGAGCUUGUCGCUAUGACAGCCGAGUUUUGUGGUACCUUCUUAUUCCUCUUCUUUGCAUUUGGCGGAACUCAGGUUGCCAACACUGCCGCCCUCUACAGUGAUACGCCAACAACAGAUCAGCAAAACGGCAACAGCAUCACCCAGACACCAAACACGAGUGUGCUUCUGUACAUCAGUCUGAUCUUCGGCUUCAGCUUGAUGGUCAAUGUUUGGGUGUUUUUUCGAGUCAGUGGUGGACUGUUCAACCCAGCUGUCACGCUGGGUCUCUACCUCAUCGGUGCUCUUACCACCGUCCGAGCCAUUCUCUGCUUCGUCUCGCAGAUGCUGGCAGGCAUUUGCGCUGCAGCUGUUGUCUCUGCUAUGUUCCCCGGUGACUUGAACGUCUCGACUACCCUGGGUUCUGGUGUGUCUAUCGCACAGGGUGUCUUCAUGGAGAUGUUUCUUACCUCUCUGCUCAUCAUCACAAUUUUCAUGCUUGCGGCUGAGAAGCAUAAAGCUACCUUUCUUGCCCCCAUCGGUAUUGGACUUGCGCUGUUCGUUGCCGAGCUGGUGGGUGUCUUCUACACUGGCGGCAGUUUGAACCCCACCAGGAGCUUCGGACCUUGCGUAGUCACACGUAACUUCCCAGGAUAUCACUACAUCUAUUGGUUCGGCCCACUUAUGGGUACGCUGUUGGCAUUUGGUGUCUAUAAGAUCAUCAAGAUGGUCGAGUACCAAACUGUCAACCCUGGCCAAGACUUCGAUGACCACGAGGACGCUUUGUUCAAACCACCUACCAACCCAGAGACAGCUGGAGAAGUCGAACGACCAAACGUUGCCGCUAUCGCUGCACAAGAAGCAGUUCGUGUUGCCAGCAGUUCAUCGCAUUCAGACAAGGACAAAGAGAGCGCGUUUGGCGCCAUCGACAGGGCAUUAUCCUCAUCGUACCACCAAUCGUCGGACUCGCGAGAUGGCAGGCGAAGCUCAGGUGAUGAGUACCAUCGCUCUCAGCACCACCACGGAGAUGAUCACCAACAUGAUUUCGAGCACCUGCCCGGGCAAACUAAUACACAGACCCAAUACUCACACGAGUACCGGUCUUCGCAGGAGCCCCAAAGAACAUCACGGGAUCAUAUGGCUUCGGACGCGGAGCUGUUGGCGAGGACUGGACAUGCGCACUCCGUGAGCAGUCCAAAGAGCACAAACAGACAGCAGCCUUGGGUUUAGAGUGAGCUCGUGGAUGUAAUGUUUGGGUAAGCAAGGCGUUCAAGGUCUUUGGGAAUACACAUCAAAAGCAAUAUGCUUCUAGCGAGUACAUAUACUUCGCGUCUGGGUCGGGAAUGAUUUUGUCCGACAUACACAAUUUAUUGUCACCAUCAUCGACAGCAUUUGUCAGGCGGACCAAGAUCUUGAUGAAUUAUGACGACAACAAGGAAAGCUUAUAUGUCUAGGGCCGUCGACAUAUCUCC